AUGUCGAUGUGGUUGACAGAUACCCAAAAAAUUGGAGUUGUCUUUUGCUCCGGCGGAGGCUUCUUCCUGAUAGGAGGUGUUAUGCUCUUCUUUGAUCGAUCUAUGCUUGCUAUGGGAAACAUCCUCUUCCUCAUCGGCUUGACCAUCAUCAUUGGACCUCAAAAGACUCUUCUCUUCUUUGCUCGGAAACAGAAAGCAAAGGGCACGGCGGCGUUCUUCCUGGGCUUGAUACUUAUCUUCAUGAAGUGGACAUUUAUCGGGUUCCUUGUGGAAGCAUACGGUAUAAUUAUUUUGUUUGGGGAUUUCCUAGGGACGAUUGCCGGCUUCGCGCGGGGCUUGCCUGUUGUGGGACCCUAUAUCGGAAUGAUUGUCGACAGAAUAGGUCUUGGAAGACGAAACGCCGAGCUCCCUGUCUAG